UUGAAAGGUAUUAAGCAAAUAUCCUAAACAAUCGCGAAACUCACCCGUUAUAAAUUAAAGCGUUACAAUUAUUUUCUUUCGAUGACAGUAAGCUAAAUAAUGUUCUCUCGCACGUUAAUUUUUGAAGCACAAUAUAAGCGUAAAUAUAUUGUUGAUUGCACUUUCUUUCAGUGGUUUGGAUGAAUUGCCUUCUUCUCAAUGUAUGGCGCUUCUGCAAAAAUUGGCGCAUAAUGGACAUACUGUCAUAUGUUCGAUACACACACCCAGCGCAAAAAUAUUUCAAAAAUUUGACCACGUCUUCGUCAUCACUACAGGACAAUGCAUUUACAGAGGCAGUGCGAGCAACCUAGUGACAUAUCUACAAAGCGUGCACAUAGAAUGUCCGAGACAUUACAAUCUCGCAGAUUUCGUGAUAGAAAUCUCAUCAGGCGAACAUGAUUUCGAUCUGACUGAACGAAUGAUCGCUUGUAUGGAAAUGAAGGCACCAAUUCUGCAGGUCUACCGCUCGAAGCAGGAUUUUGAACUUGAAAGGAAAAAUUAUCAGAGACAAUUAUGUUUCGAUCAUUCCAGCAUACUAAUGCACAAAAUGAUGCUGCAGCUCUGUCGGAACAGGGACCAUCUGUACCUGAAGAUAUAUUUGUACGUUUUCUUGGGAUUCAUUAUUGGCGGAACUUUCUAUGACAUGGGUUACGACGGAUCCAAGAGUAUCUACAAUUUGGGCUUUUGUUUUACGACUGUUUUGAUAUUCCUCUACAUACCUACGCUGCCCAUACUUCUGUGGUGUAAGAAUAACUAUGAUACUUUUGCUACUUUAAAUGAGUGUAAUUAGAAUUGGUUUGUAGAAAAAAAAAACACUAACAAGAUUGAAGGUAGCAGAAAAUCAAUUGUUUUUACUAUAAAUGUAAAGGGCGUUGACAAUAUAUUCAUGAGUAUU